AAGCCGAUGACCACCAUGAGCCAGUCCAUAGCGUACAUAUUCCUACUGCUGAUUGCCCUGGAGGGCUUAACCCUUGGCGGCACGGCGCCCAUCGGCGAGCAUCCGGAUCAUGCCGGUUGCAUACGGAUAACGAUCAUCAAGCGACCUUUGACCACCACUACAACAACGACAACCACAACCACUACGACGACAACAACCAGAGCCACAACAGUGGCCACUGGCUAA